AUGGGCUUUGAAGGAUGCAUUAGGGUGAUGAAGGCUGGUAAGGGGGUUCUAGGCUUCUCGGGAAAUGCUUUGCAUGCGGUCACUUUUGGCUGUCGAGAAAUCAGUCAUAAGAUGAAUCAUCUACACAUGACUGGGAUAGGGAUUCCUUUGAUGGGAUGGUUCCUGGAAAUAACUACCUCUACGCGCUCAUAUAUUGCAGAAUCCAACCCUAUGAAUGUAGAGACCCUUCCAUGGAUUACGGCUUCGGAGGCUUUGGAUUUGAUAACAAGGCUUCGUUUGUAUGAUGAGCAGCAGGACAGGGAGAUCAAAGUCUAUUUCAACAGCUUAAAUAACUACUAUGAGAAGAAGGUGAGGAAGCACGGAAGUUUGCAAAUCAGCAGCAGCGGGAUAUUCGGGCUCUAUACAGCGAAUACCUCUAUGCAACGAAUUGAAUAG